AUGUCGCUUUUUCCCAGUAGCAAAGAUGGAUCCAGCGAUGGUGAUGUUUCGCACAUCUCAACAACCAGCCCGUGUGCCGGAGGUGACUGCUGCAGCGAGCAACAAAGACAAGACGAGGGGACGUGCCAUACCGGCAUCAUCGAGAAGCCGUUGGAUUCACACCACGUUACCGGCCAUGAAUCAAAUAGACCCAUCCGCGCAGCUCACAGAUCAGGGACACUGCGGAAAUAUGUGCUUGACGAUGUCGAAGAAGGUUCCGCGUACACGGAGCACGUGAUCCUCAAGUUCCAAGGAUCCAACUGUCCAGGCUGCACAAGCAAGAUUUCCAAAGCGUUCGAGUCAUUGCCGGCGGUGCACAAUCUGCAAAUGAACACUAUCCUUCUGCAGGCGGAAUUCGACCUCGAUCUCGCCAAGUCUUCGGUUCGCGAUGUCAUCGAUUCCGUGAAAAGUGCAAGCGGGCGUGCCUGCCAGAGGACCGGAGAUGGGUGGCAGGAGCUGGAUGUUGUGGUAUCGGGCAUUUGCGGGGCCUUUGGAGCAGAUGCUAUGCUGCCUGUUGGGGUCAAGGAUGUGACGCAAGUGAAUAGACAUACCUUUUCUAUAAAGUAUGACGCAGAAAUUAUAGGUGCCCGACAGCUUCUGAAGGCCUUGAACACAGAUUUGGAUGGUCCGGUCAGCUUAGCUCUUCCAAAAUCUCAUGAUGAGGUACCCACAGAAAUUCGAGCAACAGCUUUCACCACGGCCUUGUCCUGGAUCUUCACUAUCCCAAUACUGGUCCUCGCAUGGGCGCCGCUCCCAAAGCACGUGAUUGCAUACGGGGCAGUGUGCCUUGCAUUAGCGACUGUCGUUCAGGUCGUCGUUGCCGGGCCCUUCUAUCCGAGAGCUCUUCGAAGCUUGAUCGUGAACCGAGUUGUCGAUCUCGAUUUGUUGGUCGUCUUGAGCACGUCUAUUACGUAUGGAUUCUCCGUAGCGUCUUUCAUAUGCGAGGUAAAGGGCACUCGUCUUGUGUCCGGCAUCUACUUCGAAACCAGCGCCCUGCUAAUAACCUUCAUAAUGAUGGGACGAUUGAUGAGUGACUUCGCUUGCCAUAGAGCGUUCAGAAUCGGCUCUAUAAAAUCAUUGCAGACACGGUCCGCUCUUCUCGUCGAUAUCUCCGACUCCUCUAUUGACAAGGAAUUGGAUGUUGAUGUCCGUCUGCUGCAACUUGGCGAUACGUUCAGAGUAAAGCCUAGCUGUCCCGUUGCGACGGACGGUACAAUUGUCUCUGGAGUAUCCGAAUUCGACGAAUCCGUGCUGACUGGAGAGGCAAGUUUGGUGGAAAAAACGGCUGGUUCGUCCGUCAUCGCAGGGUCCGUCAAUCUUGGUGAUGCUGUCCUGGUCCGGGUCACUCGACUACCGGGAAGCAAUACAAUUGACGAGAUUGCGGGGAUGGUUGAGGAGGUGACACAUUCAAAGACCAAAGCUCAGCACACGGCCGAUGAGGUUGCGAGGUGGAUAGUGCCGGCCAGUGCGACGCUUGCCAUGUUGACUCUAGUUGUUUGGUUCGCGGUAGGUAUAACAAUACAAGAAGAGUCAGCCGGUUCGGCCAUCUUGAAGGCCAUACCCUAUGCCAUCUCGGUACUUGUCGUGUGCUGUCCAUGCGCCGUGGCCUUCGCUGUGCCCAUGGUCCUCGUCAUUGCGAGUGGGGUUGGAGCAAAGCAUGGUGUGGUCUUCAGAUCGGCGGAAGUGAUGAGGGCGGCUAGAGGCGUGACCCAUGUUGUAUUUGAUAAGACAGGCACUCUGACGCAAGGUUGCUUAUCGGUAGUGAGCGAUGAAUAUUGCUCCGAGACUCAAAACUUGGGGGCUGCUAUCGUGGUCGCUCUGACGAACCAGUCAGAUCAUCCAGUAUCGUUGGCGGUGUCCAAGCACCUCAAAGCCGCAGGCGUUGAGCCUGCUACUGUCACUCAUGUCACACCAGUAGUCGGUAAAGGCAUUGAAGGUACGUAUGACGGACGUAUUGUGCGCAUUGGGAAUGCUCGAUGGCUGGGGGUAGAAGACCAAUUGCCUGUACGGUCCCUUCUCUCCCAAAAUCUCACAGUCUUGUGUGCUACUCAAGGAGAUCGGCUUAUCGCCGUUUUCGGACUGGAAGCUACUCUCCGCGAGGAAGCGAGUACUGUCGUUGCUAGCUUGGUCGAGCGAGGCAUAGCCGUGUCAAUCAUAAGCGGCGAUGAGAUUGGUGCAGUGCAGAAGGUGGCCCUCAAGCUGGGGAUUUCUCAUGAAGUUAUCAGGGCCAAGUGUACGCCCCGAGAGAAGCAGCAGUACGUCAAGGAGCUCAUGCAAGCUGACAAUAACACCGUUCUUUUCUGUGGCGACGGAGUCAAUGACGCGGCCGCUCUUUCUCAGGCCAGUGUUGGCGUGCAUAUGAAAAGUGGUCCCGGCACUGCGUGGAUCGCAGGGGACGCUGUCCUCAUCCGACCUUCUCUGUUGGGGAUUCUCGUGCUUAUAGACCUCUCCCGAGACUCUUGUCGCCAGAUGGUCUUCAACUUCACUUGGGCCGCAGUCUAUAAUGUCGUUGCCAUUUUAUUUGCUGCUGGCGCCUUUAUCCAUGUCCGUUUGUCUCCUCAGUAUGCUGGGCUUGGAGAGGCUGUGAGUGUUUUACCCGUGAUACUCGUCCCGCUACAGCUGCGAUGGAGGAAAUAUCUGUAG